CAGCACCCAAAUUGUCUUUUUUGUCUCCUUACUUUUUCGUCUUGUUUAGGGUUCUCAAAGCUCUCUCUCCCCUCUUCUUUUCAGUUUUUCCCCAAAAAAAUUCCUUAUAAUGAAGAUUAAUAGAUUGACUCUCUCAGGAUACGAAUCCAAGUAAACAUCUUCGCUGAAAGUAAAACAUAAAAAAAAAUCCGAUCUUGGAGUACCCAUCACCGCGGGCGUUUGUGAGUCUGAGUUAUGGAGGGAACACAGAAUCCUGUUGUAUCUCGCAGUGUCGAAGAGGUCUUUGGCGACUUUAGGGGUCGAAGAGCUGGUCUCCUCAAGGCUCUCUCUACAGAUGUACGGAAGUUUUACCACGAGUGUGACCCUGACAAGGAAAACUUGUGUCUAUAUGGACUUCCAAAUGAGACAUGGGAAGUGAAUCUUCCCGUCGACGAGGUCCCUCCGGAGCUUCCUGAACCAGCUCUAGGCAUUAACUUUGCAAGGGACGGGAUGCCAGAAAAAGACUGGAUAUCUCUUGUUGCUGUUCACAGUGACUCAUGGCUCAUCUCCGUUGCCUUCUACUUUGGCGCACGUUUCGGAUUUGGGAAGAAUGAGAGGAAGAGGCUCUUCCAGAUGAUAAACGAUCUCCCAACCAUUUUCGAGGUUAUAACUGGCAACGCAAAGCAAUCCAAGGAUCAAUCUGCUAACAACCACAACAGUAGCAGAACCAAGCCUAGUGGUGUCAAGGCAUCAAAGAUGUCUCCACCACCAAGAGAAGAUGAUGAGAGUGGAGAAGACGAGGAAGACGAUGAACAAGGUGCGGUCUGUGGUGCCUGUGGAGACAACCAUGAUGAUUUCUGGAUAUGUUGUGAUGCUUGUGAGAAAUGGUUCCAUGGAAAAUGCGUAAAGAUCACGCCUGCAAAGGCUGAGCACAUCAAACAUUACAAAUGCCCUACUUGCAGUACCAACAAGAAAAUCAAAGCUUGAUAAAGGUGAUAAUAGCUAGCGAACAAAAAAGACAGAACCAAGAGGCUUUUGAUUGUGUAAUCUUAAUGGGAUUGAGACAGCUUUACAUUUAGUAAUGUUUUCUUCUUUUUUUUUUUUUGUUGAUUUUGCUGUUAAUGUCAUAAUGCUAUAAACUAAUUUGUCUUUAUGUU